UUGCUAGAGAAUGGGCAAAAAAAAUUAAAAUUAACGACCAACAAAAUAUAUACAUCUAUCCACGUCACAAUGGAUACUUUUGUUUGACUUUGUGAUGUACCCACGUGGUGAUAAUGAAGAGAUUGAACUCCCGCAUUCUUUAUCGGCUGGUGCGCACGAAACAAAAUGUCCACAAGUUUUCCCGGUUCUCCCGCGGAGCAGGGGAAAGGGUCGAAGUCCUCGUCAUCACGGAUGGGACAGAAGGAGCCUCCGUCCGGGAUGAAACCUCAGGCCAGGCUCAAUUCCAAUGGCUUCACCCGGAGGACGGGGGCUCUGGUCAUUGACAUGGGGUCCAGUAUCUGCAAAGUGGGCUACGCCGGCCAGCCCCGGCCCGACUCGGUUCUCACGUCAAUCCUGGGCUACCCGAGAGGGAGGAGUAAACGGAACAACAUCACCGUGGGCAAAAUGGUCUCGACCGAGCCAGACCUCAAACUGAUCCGGCCGACUCGCCAAGGAAUCAUCGUGGACUGGGUCGCGGCGGAAGAUCUCCUCCGCCACGUCUUCUACGAGGAUCUGAAGGUCUCGCCGGAGGAGCACGCCAUCCUGAUCUCAGACCCUCCCCUCAGCCCCACCACCAACAGGGAGAAGAUCGCGGAGCUGUUGUUCGAACGCUUCAAUGUGCCCGCUAUGCAUGUCUCUUACCAGUCCGUGCUGGCUGUCUACUCUUACGGGAAAACCACCGGGCUGGUGGUCGAUUCCGGUGACGGCGUCACCCACUCUGUCCCCGUCCAUGACGGCUAUAACAUGCCCGAUGGUAUCAGCCGGAUCGACCUGGGAGGCCACGAUCUCACCACUUACCUGAUCAAGCUGCUGAGUGAGGCCGGCAACGCGUUUCAUGAGAAAGGCAGGUACAUCGUCGAAGACAUCAAGCAGAAAUGCUGCUACGUGGCCGUGGAUUAUGCGAACGAGGGAACCCACGAUGUAGACUAUGAGCUACCAGACGGUCAGGUCAUCACCAUCGGCAAGGAAAGAUGUAAAUGUCCGGAAGCUCUCUUCAACCCAUCGGUCAUGGAAUCAAACGAAGAAGGUAUUCACAUCAUGACCAGCAACAGUUUGAACCGAGUAGAGCCCCAGAUUCGAAAGCUCAUGCUCAGUAAUGUUCUGCUGAGUGGAGGCACCACAUUAUUCAAUGGCUUCAAUGUUCGUUUCUGCAAAGAAAUUUUUCCUCUGGCCCCUCCUGACAUUAAACCCAAAAUCCACGCUGUCCCAGAAAGGAAGUAUGCUGUUUGGAUUGGUGGCUCUAUACUGGCCUCAUUGCACGCCUUCCAGUCUUUAUGGAUUCGCCAAAAAGAUUAUGAAGAAGAAGGCCCGUUAAUAGUGCAUCGUAGAUGCUACUGAGAACCAUGUUCGUCUUUUGCACUAAUAUAGUUUCAAAAUAUUAAAGAUUUAAACUUUGUCAUUUUGUGUAGGGAUGAUAAAAAAGUUAAUACAUUAACUUGCUUCUUAAUUUUUGCUAUCAAA